AUGAAAACAGAAACUCAACACAAACAACAGAAGAAGGAGAAGCUGUGGAGUAUGAAGAAGUCAAAGAAACAUGCUGAUCCUUCAUUAGAUGAUCACCUUCAGCAGAUUCCUCAGUGCUUACGUGAAAUUAUGAAGAGUAAGGAGAGUAUGAAGCAGGGCUCCUGGCAGAGGAAAAAAGCCCCUAAGCCAAAACUGCCAGAAGGAGUUAAUUUAGAUAUUCCUGUUCCACACUUCUGCAGAGGGAGACAGGAGUCAGAGAAAGCAUACCUCUGCCGCAUGACGCAAGAGAUUCAGCAUGUUUUAUUUCUCACAAACAACCAGAAUGAAGAAGAGGAACAGACAGAAGAAAAUAAAUCUACUAAAAAGAAAGGUUGCGGCAUACUCAUGUUGGUCGCCGUCCCGCGGGUUGCCAAGGCUCCACCAUCACUGAGUGUGAAACCAAAGAAAGCCACAGUCAAACCUCAGGGGGCACCCAGAGGUCUUCUCCUGAACUCCCUCCUGGGUCACAGUCCUGUGUCAGUGAGCAAACCCACUAUGGCGAGGAAGAGGAUAAACAAGGAGGAGAGGGAACGAGUGGUACAGCUUUACAGACAGAUGAAGAAACAGCAGAGAGAUAAACAUGAGCAGGACAAGGCUGCUAGGAUGAACUCCACAUGAUACUGCCCCACGUGAAGACAGCAUCCCACUCCA